UACAAGUCGUUUGACAGGCGAGAACACAUGUUGAAUGAAACCUUGAAUAAAAUCUGAAGAACAAGAAGUACAGGAACAUUAACUCCCAACUGGCACGGACAUAAAUUGAAGACUUGGUUUGCCAUCACAGGUCAAAGGUUGAGGGGUCUCUGAGGGAAUACAGCUCUCUGAUCAAGAACAAUGGGCCUCCUGCAGCUGCUGAAAUCCCAGUUCUUGAGCCACCUGAUCAUCUGCUAUGUGUUCCUGGUUAGCGGCAUCAUUAUCAACCUGUUGCAGAUCUGUACUUUACCUCUGUGGCUGGUCAGUAAGCAGCUGGCCCGCAGGAUCAACAUCAAACUGGGCUACUGCGUCAGCAGCCAGUUGGUAGUUCUCCUGGAGUGGUGGUCUGGGACAGAGUGCACGCUCUACACAGACCCAAAGAGUUCUCAAAUGUAUGGAAAAGAGACUGCAAUUGCGGUUCUCAAUCACAGAUACGAGAUUGACUUCCUGUGUGGCUGGACCUUUUGUGACCGAUUCGGAGUUCUUGGGAGCUCAAAAGUGUUGGCCAAAAAAGAGUUGAGUUAUGUACCUGUUAUCGGCUGGAUGUGGUACUUCCUUGAGAUGGUUUUCUGCAAGAGGAAGUGGGAGGAGGACCGAAGGACGGUGGCUCAGAGUCUUCAGAACCUGCGGGAUUACCCAGCAAACUUCUGGUUCUUGCUUUUCUGUGAAGGAACACGCUUCACACCGAAGAAGCACCAGCUCAGCAUGCAGGUGGCUGAGAGCAAAGGUUUACCCAAACUGAAGCAUCAUCUUCUGCCCAGGACCAAAGGAUUCUGGGUAACUGUCCAAAACCUCAGAGGAACUGCUGCAGCUGUUUAUGACUGUACGCUGAACUUCAGAAACAACGAAGUGCCGACCUUGCUUGGAGUUCUUAAUGGGAAAAAAUAUGACGCAGAUUUAUAUGUGAGGAGAAUCCCUCUAGAGUCGAUCCCAGAAGAUGAGACAGAGUGUGCUGCGUGGCUCCACAAACUCUACCAGGAAAAGGAUAGCUUUCAGGAGCACUACACACAAACAGGGCGUUUCCCCGGCCCCACAGUGAGCCCUCCAAGCCGACCCUGGGCCUUGAUCAACUUGCUUUUCUGGGCCUGCCUGCUCCUCUACCCUCUAGGCCUGCUACUCGCUCAACUGGUCAGCUCUGGAUCGAUAUUCACCAUCUUAGUUUCUGUGGCUCUCUGCUCUGCAGGUUCACUGGGAGUUCGCUGGAUGAUUGGCCAGACUGAGAUUGACCGAGGUUCAAACUAUGGGAGUAAAGCGGCUCCUCUAAACAACAACUAAAGACUUCCGACCUACUCUGAGCUGCUUCUUUGCACAGUUGCCGGCAACCGAAUUUGUAAACACCAGUCUGACAGAACUGGUCCGACAAGUACAAACCUGCUUCCAAGCACAAUGCAGACAGCGUAGUCUCGUCUUAACGCUAUGCUGCAGAAGCUCAAGGUGCAAGAUCAUGAAACAGGAAUACGGUGGGCAGCUUCCUUUGGUAAACUUCUGAUAAGAACGUGAGGCGAGAUCAAAUCUGGCUUCAAAUCAAAGUGUAAAUAUUUGAGUACAGUCAAAACAAAACUUUUCUGGAAAUUAAAAUUUAACCAGUGUAAAAUGGACUACCUCUUUGAUUGUAAUGUAAAGAAUAAAUUAAUUUUCAUGGUGGAAGAAAAUA